CCUAACUCUCCAGGAACCCAAUACGCCGCCACAAAUGAUACCAGUAUUCCUGAAUAGGACAAAACCACGGACAAUGCGCGGCUCGGCGCUUCUUUUGCGGCUUGCAACCCUCGUUCUCGCUCGAACGGGAGCAUGGGUAGGCAGACAUCUGCCGAGCCGAGGUGGGAGCGCUCCAAGGACGGCACGAACUCACGGAUACGAAACUCUAACAGACUGAUAAGCUUUUUAUUAGCGGUUGAACGAGAAAUCCAUCCACGAAUUCUUCCCAACAACCAUGGCCAGAUAUGGACUGAGUUGGCCACCUUAUCGUCUUUAGACAGUACACUUUUCCAGGGUCCAAAGACAGAGGCAGAACAGGAAAUGCUAGAGCACCUCCAGCUAAGUGGUCAGGUUAAAUUUCCAAUGGCAAGCUGCCGGAUAGACGACUUCUGGUUCACCACGUUCCACUUAGUAAUCAAUUCGAUAUCUCGAAUACGCAGUGAAUUCAGCAUUGAGGUCCAGUCUAGUGACUGGAUUAAGUUAGCGAGUCUCCCGCAAGUACAAAAGCCCGCAGAUGUUCAACAACUGUUUUACCCUAACCUAGACAACAAUAAAGAUGUUACCCUAUCCCGCCAGCAAAACCUUUUCAUAACAGCUACUAAUAACGUAUAUGAUGGCCGGUAUCAAUUUGUGCUUUCAAGGCCAGACCUAGGCUUUGCCAACGUCCACUCUCUCCUUAAGACCACGAAGCAGGAGGGGAAGGUAAUGAGCAUUGUAAUAGCCCAUAUUAGUCGAUGGUUGAACCGUGAUCCUGCAAGAGUUGGCGAGCGUGACAAAGAUGUGUUGCCAGGUUUGCGGGAGAGGUACGGCGAUGUUGCAGAGAAGCAGUCUAUAAAACUCCAGGAGCAGGUUUUAGGGCGCAUAGCUUUUAGUUUAGCCUAG